AUGUCCUGUUUAAUCCUGAACGGCUCCUACAGCUCUGUGCUCUUUGUGCUUGUGCGAGUCCCCGGCUUUAACAAACUUCAGCUCCAUACUAAUGGGGACGCCCUGCAGCACCCCCCCCAGCGGCUCAUAAAUAAAACACCAGCUCUGUGCACCAACUAUCCGCAAGCGGCGUCGAACGGCCCUCGCCACACCGCGCGACACCCCGCACCACGCGCCUUGCCGCUCCGCUACGACUCCCCGCUCCGCUACGACUCCCCACUCCGCUACGACUCCCCGCACCGCGCUCCGCUACGACUCCCCGCACUGCGCACCGCUACGACUCCCCGCACCGUUACGACUCCCCGCAUUGCUACGACUCCCCGCACCGCUACGACUCCCCGCUCCGCUACGACUCCCUGCACCGCGCGCCGCUACGACUCCCCGCUCCGCUACGACUCCCUGCACCGCUACGACUCCCCGCUCCGCUACGACUCCCUGCACCGCGCGCCGCUACGACUCCCCGCACCGCUACGACUCCCCGCUCCGCUACGACUCCCUGCACCGCGCGCCGCUACGACUCCCCGCUCCGCUACGACUCCCCGCACCGCUACGACUCCCCGCUCCGCUACGACUCCCUGCACCGCGCGCUUCUACAACUCUCCGCUCCGCUACGACUCCCCGCACCGCUACGACUCUCCGCAGCGCUACGACUCCCCGCAGCACUACGACUCCCCGCAUCGCUAG